AUGGGUGGCUGUGCUGAGGCGUGUUGGAGUAGUCCCGACAGUCUGGUGAUUGAUGCGGUGACAGAGGAGAGCCGCCUUCAAGCAGUGGUCGAGGCAGUUAUUCAGCUCUGUGCAGCAGAUAACGUGGCGGAGGUGGCUGUCAUAGUCCACCUCACAGCUUUGCUCGCAGCACAGGAACAUGCCCCACCGAGUGACACGCACACCUGCACACAUACGAGCACACAACCAGACACGAUGGUGGCUAUCGUUGCGGCAUCGAGGUCAUCAGUGCCGGUGGAUGAAUGCAAUGGCGUUACCUACUUCCACGUCUUCGAUGGCAGUUUGUGGUGUGAGUGUUUGGUGAGGGAAAUGUGGGUCGAUGGAAGUGAGGCUGAUGAAGAAGGGGGAGGUGGAGGAGGAGGAGGAGGAGGAUUGGAGGUGGAAGGUCUGACGUGCGUACCACUAGCGAUAGCUACACUACUUGUUGUCACAUCCUCUCAUCCAAUGCGUCAACUCACAUCCACUUUUGCUCCCACGUGGCUUAUCGUCCUGCCUUCCUCACACUUCCAUCUGGAGAGGGGAGGUACUCAUCUGUUGACUGUCAAGUGGGAGUCGACGGUGGGAUGA